CUCUACUUCUGGAUGCGCAAACCCCGAGGCUUUGUGAGACAGCUCUUUUCCCCCGUUAUUUCCAACGUCAAGGACUCUCCAAGCGUCGAUUUUCUCUUCUUAUGGUCAGGCGGGUUUCUUCACUUCCUGGCAUCACCCUUUUCUCCCUCCCGCCACUCCUUUAACUUUGCUCUUUUUGCUCUUGGCGCAUCGCUGCGAAACUACAGCACUUGGGCUUCUCUCCCGUCGAAUUGUCCCCAAAGUGGCCCGCAAGGCUGCUCUCUAACUCGUGACAGAGAUCGACAGCCCUCCUACCAGGUUCCCUAGUUUUCGACCUUCGCAAUGCCGGCAAAAUCGAGAUUUACGAGGCUUGACGCCUUCACGAAAACCGUCGACGAGGCGCGUGUUCGUACGACUUCCGGUGGAAUCGUUACCAUCGUCUCGCUGAUCGUGGUCUUUUGGCUGGCCUGGGGAGAAUGGGUUGACUAUCGGAGGAUAGAGAUCCACCCCGAGUUGAUAGUAGAUAAGGGCAGAGGCGAGCGCAUGGAGAUCCAUCUCAACAUGACCUUCCCCAAGAUGCCCUGCGAGCUUCUAACCCUGGAUGUUAUGGAUGUCUCCGGCGAGCAGCAGCACGGCGUCAUACAUGGCGUCAACAAGGUUCGCCUCCGCUCCCAGAAGGAGGGAGGCGGCGUCAUUGACAUGAAGGCCUUGGACUUACACUCCCGCGAGGCGACCGCCGAGCACCUGGACCCCAACUAUUGCGGCGCCUGCUACGGUGCCCAGGCCCCGGCAAACGCGCAGAAGGCCGGCUGCUGCAACACUUGCGAGGAAGUCAGAGAGGCGUACGCGCAAGCUUCGUGGGCGUUCGGCAAGGGUGAGAACGUCGAGCAGUGCACGCGCGAACACUAUGCCGAGCGGUUGGAGGAGCAGCGCCAGGAGGGUUGCCGCCUAGAGGGCAACCUGCGCGUCAACAAGGUCGUCGGAAACUUCCACCUUGCCCCCGGCCGCAGCUUCAGUAAUGGAAACAUGCACGUCCACGACCUCAAGAACUACUGGGACACCCCCGAUGACGCCCAGCACGACUUCACCCACACUAUCCACUCCCUGCGCUUCGGUCCCCAGCUGCCCGACCAGGUCACCAAGAAGAUGGGCAAGCGUGCGUACGCCUGGACGAACCACCACGGCAACCCACUCGACAACACCCAUCAGGAGACCACCGACCCCAACUACAACUUCAUGUACUUCGUCAAGAUCGUGCCUACCUCUUACCUCGCCCUCAACUGGCAAAAGUCUUCCAGCUACCAAGACGAGGAGAAUUCUGGCCUCGGGCUCCUCGGCCAGGGCAACGAUGGCAGCGUCGAGACUCACCAGUACUCUGUGACCAGCCACAAGCGUAGCUUGGCUGGCGGUGAUGAUGCCGCCGAGGGACACAAGGAGCGUCUUCACUCCCGUGGUGGUAUUCCGGGUGUCUUUUUCUCCUACGAUAUCUCCCCCAUGAAGGUCAUCAACCGCGAAGAGCGCGCCAAGACAUUCACGGGCUUCCUCACCGGUCUUUGUGCCAUCAUCGGCGGUACUCUUACCGUCGCCGCCGCCGUCGACCGUGGCGUUUUCGAGGGCGGAUUGCGUCUCAAGAAGAUGCGUUCGAAGGACCUCUAGACCCAGAGGGCGAGGAGCGUGGAGCGUGGAGGCGUGUAUGUAGGCUUUAUAUGUUGGUAUUCUCUAUCCGCUGUGCAUCAAAAGAGGAGUUUGGGCGGCUUGGUACAAGAGAUGUUAAAUCUCUACAAAUCGAUGCAGAAACAUCACACAUGUCUUUGGCGCUCUGAAACCGCAAUAUCUAGCUCUCCCACUUGAGCUGGUUCUCUGUACUCAUGAUUCACGUCUCCCACACUGUAUUGGGUCAUUGUCAUGGUUGUGGUACAGCGUGAAGAGAUCAACUAAAAGGAUUGUUACGCCUUCGUGUCUACAUUCAUUUCCGGUCCUCCUCGUCUUCUGGGGGUGGAAGAAGAGGCGUGUAUAUAUAGCUUCGCACCGGAAGUGCAGCGCUGCCCAAGGGCUUUUACAGCCCUUUGCGUUGGCUCGGCCAGAACCGCUCCCUAGAGUCACUAAAAUCCAUACAGAUACGGUCAGGCGUAG